GAUCACAUUUCUUAAUACUCCAAUUUGCCUGGAGCCCUCAGUACAGUACAUCGUGGAGAUUUACUUCAAUUCGUCUCCUACUCCAAACAGUCAGUUCAGCAAUCACAUCUUGAUUGAUUCUCUGGGUCUGAUUCCAAUGAUUAACUCUCUGGAGGAUUUCAGCAGUAAAACAGAUUUAGAUGAGUACAGACGAUAUCAAUGUGUCGAUGUUGCCUAUCAAGUGGUACCUCACACUAUACCAGAAGUAUGUGAGCGACUGAUAGCCAGCAUGUCUGCUCGGAUCCACAAUGGAGCUGUCCCCUGUUGCUGUAAUCCUCAGGGAUCAAUCAGUCGAAUCUGCAGCAAGUUUGGUGGCCAAUGCCAGUGUAAGCCUGGCGUGAUUGGACGAUGCUGUGACUCCUGUGCACCAGGAUUUUAUGGACUUGGUGCCAAUAGCUGUUCAU